CCUAUACCUACUACCAACACUCCGUGCGAUGGCAUGUAUGGUCAAUAUCCGGAAUUUUCUAUCUCGAGAUUUCGAGAUUUUCCUUUCUUCAUGUCUGGACACACUUCGCGCCUCGUCAAGGUUCGUGCAUAGAAGACAAGCCUCCAAGAGGCCAUUCCUACCUACCCCGCUUUUCACCAUCAACAGUCGACUCUUCUGGAGAUCAUUUUUUAUCCUGAGAGUUCAAUAGAUAUAUGUGCGAUUUUUUAACGUAUAAUGUUAUGCUGAGUUUAUUUACAAGUAGAUUUUGUAUCUUGCUUGUUAUUUAACUCUCAUCGCGCAGCCUUGGCACAAUGUCUGCAGCCUGUUGUAGCUAGGCCACUGAGAAUAUUCAUAUACUCAUGAGAUUCGUCACUUAAUCCAUUUUAUCUUUUCCCAUUUUUCUAGAUUCUAUCCGAUUUCGGACAGUAUUGUAUAGUUCUGUGUCUUCUAUUAAAUGUGCGGGCCCUGCUCCCCAACGGACAAACUAACAUGGACUGAUUCGUAUGGCACUUUGACGCAUUCUGAGAGGUUUUUUUUUUUCUAUCCAUGGGAGGAACUGACGACGUUCAUACUCCUUAUUACUACGCGUGUGCUGAUUAUUUCUCCAGAUGCACCAGCAUCCCAGGCAAUAAGCGCAGACCACAUAGGAAGCACCACGACAUCUGUUUCCAGGUGAUUCAACAUCGGAACAACCUCCCGGUGUGUCUGAUUGCUGACAUUUAAACACCCUUCUUUUGUGAAGACUCGAUAAAUCCGAGGUCGAACUAACUAUUGCUGCCUGGUCUAUAUACACCGCAGAGAGGAUACAUGCUAGAAAUGCAGCGCUCUGCUUCGCCUAAGGCUAUCGCCUGAGUCACAAUUAUGUUCCAACCCAGCUCGGGCGCAUUGCUUUGUCGAGUCAGUUUUGGCAGGAGCAGAAAGAAGUCCCAAGGGAAAAGAAAUUCUGUCAGAGUGCUUCCAAAUCUCCAUGAUUUUGGGCGACUUGGGGUUCAUUUCUGAGGCCAGGGUUAAUGAUGUCUGAGGUAGACGUCAAUCAAUUCCAUAAACACCUUAGCCAAUGCAUUAUUGGCUCAAAUCUACUGUUUAGUUAUCCACAUGGUUUGCCUUCCAAAGCCUUCCUCACCAAUCCCGCAUGUCAUAUGGCAGGAGCAAAAUAAACAUCAAAAGUGAAACUCAACUAGUUUGAAGGCCCCGAAGGACUCCUCAGAAAAGCCCAAUACUGAACACAAACACACUGCAAAUAAUAAUCACAAUAACCAGGCAACUGCAUAAACCUACCCGGCCCUUGGUCUCGAGCUAUUAGUGCAGGUUGGGCAGCUCCGGUCCCUUGCAGCGGCAGGAUGCAAGAAAUACCGACGAAGUGGAGCUUGGUACCUGAAACUGGAGUGGUUGACAAAAGCUCUGCGGCGGAAGUGCAAGGAAGGAUGCAUGGAAACAAGCUGAAACCGAGGAUUUACUGUCGGAGCAGCCAGAGUAGUUGUGGUAAAUCGCUCCGGCAAGAGAACUAUAAACCCUUGAAAAAGGGAAAACGGGAAAAAGUCGUUGCCUGUUUAGGCUACAAGAUUUCUUUCUGGGAGGGCAAUCGAAAAUAAGGAACCCACUUAUUUAUUUAUUGACCGUCACACUAUCAAUUGCUUAAUUGAAGCUGCUCUGGCGCGGGGGGGGGGGGAAACCGGGUGAAAAAAGCAAAGAAGUCUUGGCUGUCAGAUUUAAUCGUUACCGGUACAGCCCUGAUACCAGGAACAAACCACGCCCACGCCACCAAACAAUCUAGGGACUGUACGCAAAGUCCCCAAAAUCGGUGCCGGCGAAGGUGGAACCUUCAAUAAUAAUAAUAAUAAUAAUAAUAAUAAUGGAAGUAGGAAGGGGGCGGAACAAUAGAACCCGGUGUCGGAAGAUCAGAUAAGAAGAGGCGACCGCAGUAUGGAACCAAAAAAUUCAAUUUCCGGGUGGAUUUGUGCCUGUUGAGGGGAAUUAUCGGGAGUGGUAUGGAUGGUACGAUACGAUACGACUAUUACCGUUCGAUUGAUAAGGACGUAUUGUAUUGUAAGCCGGUUACUGCGCAGCACUGCAAAACGAGAGUGAUGGUGGGCUAGAAAUUACUGCUGGAGUUCCAAUGCUUGAGCUGUUUGUUGUAUGUAGCAGGGCCUUGGUAAUAAUAAUAAAUCAUAAUGUCGACUGGGAGUGAGAGUAGUGUCGUUCUGCUGUCGGUGUACGUACAUGGACGCCAGCGCAAGUCGUGGUUGCGGUGUGUGGUGUGGCUUGUUAUACCAUCGCGGCCCUAGUCCUAGCUCAGCUGUUGGCCCUGAGCAUCCAACCGACCGACAUGCAACCAUAUCCACCGCUCAGGAUGGAUCAGGAGGAGGGUUCGAAUGAAGCAAUUAUUUGCAAUUAUUACUUUACAGUACAGAAGUAUCCAUAAUCCACACCCUUGGCAGCCACUAUAUAUCUCGCCGUCCCCCCAUUUUCUCUGCGCUGUUACACACUCCUCCAUAACUAUCCAUAUACAGCGUAUAUUUUUGCGUUGCAUUGUCUUGUCCAGAAAAGCUAAACACAUAGAGUUCUGCGGUGUUUUCCCCAUAGAUAGACAAUAAUAGAGCGGAUUAGUUUACGAGUGCUUGCACAACCGUCUUUGACUACCCUCAGCAUUCUCCGCUUCCACCUCUCCCAACCUCCUCCCUCUGGAUAUCUUCAAUCCUAAAUAAUACCAAAAUUCACUGUUACAUUUUGUGCUCCCCCCCCCUUUAAAUCGAUACCUCGCAAGUAAACAUGUCUUCUCGCGCUCAGAAUAUCGGCAUCAAGGCCAUUGAGAUUUAUUUCCCAUCUCAGUGCGUCGAUCAAGCCGAACUCGAAAAGUUCGAUGGCGUCAGUCAGGGCAAAUACACCAUUGGCCUUGGCCAGACGAAGAUGAGCUUCUGCGAUGAUCGAGAAGAUAUCUACUCCAUGGCCCUUACCACUCUCUCCUCCCUCCUCCGCAAGUAUUCGAUCGACCCGAAGAAUAUCGGCAGACUCGAGGUCGGGACAGAAACUAUCCUCGAUAAAUCCAAGUCCGUCAAAUCCGUAUUGAUGCAGCUAUUCACGGAAUCGGGAAACACAAACGUCGAGGGCGUUGACACCGUAAACGCAUGCUACGGGGGUACCAAUGCGGUAUUCAACUCGGUAAACUGGGUGGAAUCAUCCGCUUGGGACGGCAGAGACGCCAUUGUGGUUACUGGCGACAUCGCGCUGUAUAAGAAGGGCGCUGCCCGCCCAACCGGCGGCGCUGGCUGCAUUGCCAUGCUCAUCGGGCCCGAUGCGCCCAUCGUCUUCGAGCCAGGUCUCCGCGGCUCCCACAUCACCCACGCAUACGAUUUCUACAAGCCAGACCUGACCAGCGAAUACCCUUACGUGGAUGGCCACUACUCCAUCAAAUGCUACACACAAGCUGUCGACGCCUGCUACAAGGCCUACAAUGCCAAAGAAAAAUUUUUGCAAGCUAAGGCACAACAAAACGGCAGUAUAGUAAAUGGCACCAUCGCCAGCAACGGCGAAUCCACCCCCGCCGCAACCACAGACGACACCAAGACCCCCCUGGACCGAUUUGACCACGUUCUCUUUCACGCCCCAACCUGCAAGCUCGUCGCCAAGUCCUACGCCCGCAUGCUGUACAACGACUACCUCGCCGACCCAGCCCACCCCGCCUUCGCAGAAGUCCCCGCCGAGCUUCGAGAUCUGGAGUACGAUGCCUCCCUCAGCGACCGGACCGUCGAGAAGACAUUCAUGGCGCUGAGCAAGAAGCGCUUCAAUGAGCGCGUGCAGCCCUCCAUCGAGGUACCCACCAUGUGCGGCAACAUGUACUGUGCCAGCGUCUACGGUGGUCUAGUUAGCUUGUUGACGAACGCCUCGUUCGAGAACGCGGCGGAGCAGCAGAAGCGGAUUGGGAUUUUCAGCUACGGCAGCGGGCUGGCGAGUUCGAUGUUCAGCGUGAAGGUUGUUGGCGAUGUUUCGGGGAUUGUGGAGAAGAUUGAUUUGAAAAAGAGGCUUGCGGCGAGGCGGACUGUUGCUCCGGAGGUGUAUGAUGAGAUGUGUCUCCUCCGCGAACAUGCUCAUCUGAAGAAAGAUUUCGUCCCCGCCGGAAGCGUCGACACCAUCGCGCCAGGAACCUACUACCUGACCAAAGUGGACGAUAUGUUCCGACGCGAGUACCAGAUCAAGGCAUAGAAUAGCAUACAUAUACAUACCCUUUGCAUGCCUAUAUACCUACCUACUCAUGCGUGAUGCAUUUUUUUCAUGAAGCGAAGAUGGAGAAUGGUUCGAGUUUGAUAAAAAGAGGAUCAUCACAUAGCUUUCCUCUUUUUUCUUUUUCUUUUCUUACUUUUUGCCUCCUUUUUUUGCCUCCCUUUUUUUUUAAAUUGAUUUUUUUUUUUUUUUUCUUUUGCUUUCAUUUUCAUAUAUAAUAAUUAUUUUACCUCGGGAAGGGAAAAGGAACGGGGUAACUAGUACGCAGGGAUAUGGGAAUGGAAAUGACGGAUGAUUGAAGACGAGGAAUAAUGAGGAUGAGGAUGAAUGGAGGGGGGAAUUGAAAUCGCAUUUUAUAUCUGUUCUGUGCCUUUUUUUUCUCCCCUCAAAUCCAUCCAUGAAUCCAUGAUCCUCUUCUGUUUCCCCUUUUUAUAAUAAUCUUGCACGAAAAGAAAAAAAAUUCCCCAGAGAUAGAUUUUUUUCUUCUUUUUUUCCUGCUUUAUCUACUUCGUCCUUGUUGUUCCCUUUUCGUUAUCGUUAUCCCUAUUUUAGGUCUUCCCCUUUUGCUUCUUGAUUAGAACUUUGCGGAGAAAAUAAUAGCUAACAAACUAUAUUUCCAAACGUUUCUUUUCAACCAGAAGCACGAUAGAGCGGCGCGGAAAAGGAAAUAAAAUUAGUUAGUACUAGGAAAUUUUCACAUAUGCUCUUGCUUUCUAUCCUCUCUUAUUUUCUUCUUGCUUCAUUUUGGUUUUUUCCUUCUUUGAACUUCGAACGCC